AUGGUUGCAAAAAAUUUCAUUCCUUUGCUGGAAGAAGAACAAGUCAAUUCAUCAAAGAAAACAAAAUUGGCGAAUAACAAUGAAUCUGAUGUAGUUUCAAUUGGUCAUUCGUUGAAUGGAAAUAAAUAUGUAUCAUUACCUCAGAGGUUUAAAGUUAUAAGCCAUCCAAAUGAAUGGACUGAAAUUCGUCCUUCACAGACUUGUUCAUAUAUUGUUUGGGAUAAAUGCACAAAUAGUGCAUCUUGUGAUUUUGAAUCAUUAAAUAGUAGCGGAGUGGAAUGUUCAAAUGAAGAAUAUCCAGAUCUCCUAUCCCAGACUACUGCCUCUUUAUAUAAAUUUGUGUUAAGAAAAUGGGAACCCAUCAGAGUGCCAGUGCCAGUUAGUGGGACGAAUAUACUUGUAUGUAGUUAUAAUGUCUUGUGUCAGGAUACAGCCAAUCGGCAUAUGUACAUGUAUACUCAUCUAAGCAAAAAUAAUAAUGAAGGAAAGAUGCAGUGGUCUUAUCGAUCUCCCAUGCUCGCCCACGAAUUUUGUACUAUUGAUGCGGACAUAGUUUGCUUGCAAGAAGUUCAAAAUGAUCAUUAUGAUAAUUUUUAUAAAUUUAUAUUUAAAGCAGCUGGUUAUCAUGGCGAAUUCAAAAAGAAAACUGGUUCUUCAGUUGAUGGAUGUGCUAUAUUUUAUAGAUCGAGGUUUGAAUGUUUGCGAUAUUUGCCAAUUGAAUAUUAUGUCGACAAAAAUUGUAUUUUAAACAGGAGUAAUAUUGGUAAGGGUGUCUAUUUUAUUGAUAAUAGACAAAUUAUGCGUUUGAGAGACAAGCUAAGUGGAAAGGAAUUUUGUAUUGCCAACACACACCUGCUUUUCAACAUAAAACGAAGUGAUAUCAGAAUUGCACAGUUGAUAAUACUUUUAGCACAUUUGGAUAAGGAAUGUGGCUUUUUUGCUUUCAAACCGUGUCCAGCUAUUAUAUGUGGAGAUUUCAAUCUAUCUGCUGACAGUCCUGUUUAUAAAUUUUUGUUGGGAGAACGAGUAUCACUUGAACAGAACGAUGAAUCUGUCGGUUCUGAGAAUAACUUUAAUCAGUAUUCUUCGUUUGAUCUUGUUUUCAGACAACUUAAUAUUGGAAAAAAUUGUCGAUUCUUCCAUAAUAUUGAUGAUGGUGAUCACUCAUCAUGUCAACGUUACUGGGCACAUUCUUUCAAAUUGGCUGAUGCUUAUGCUCCAUUAUCUCCUCAACAAAAGGAUGUAGUGUCCAGUUACAGUUCUGUCGGUGCUUCUUGUCCAGAUUUCAUUUUUUAUUCAGUCCAAUCGAAGUAUUCUCAAUGGUAUGGUAAUGUGAAGAAAACGGAAAUUUUUGAAAAUGAUUUGUAUCUGCAUCGACGACUUUCUCUUCCAACACUGUCUUCAUUGCAGUCUACAUUUGGGCCUUGGCCAAAUGCAGCAACUCCUUCAGAUCAUAUUCCUAUAGUUGCUGAGUUCACUAUAGAUUCUUAUAGAUAA